AUUUAAGUGGAUUAGGUAACGUGCCAAUUCUCCUGACACUUCUUUUCAUUAUCUUGGCACUCGUUGCUGUGCUAUGCCACUGAACCUCAGCUAUUCUAAAGUCUGUAAAUAUGAUCAUGAUCCGUUCAGUUCCAGUGUACUCCUACUCUAACUCUACACAUCCAAUCCUUCCUUACUCGCCAGCGCCCGCUCUUCUGAAUUGUAGCAACUUGUCGAGAAAAUGUCAGAAUAUCCACAAGCAGCCAGAGCAUUUCCUCAAUUGCAGCAACACAGCAAUGAACGCAAUUGGCUUAGGCGUAUCAGUGAAAUUCGAACCUCUUCGGGCUGCGUCCGAAGGACUUCCAACUGAGCUGAUUGAGGAUCCGAAAUUUGUUCCUUUAAGUGAGGAUGAUCCCAGAUUUGGCCCUCCAGCUUUAUUGUUAGUGGGGUUCAAAUACGAAGAGAUCGCAAAGAUUCAGACAUUGCUCAAGGACAUGGGUGGUGAAUUCUUAAAGGUUCUACUUUGCACACCUGACAUGAUAAAGCUUUCACUCUGGGAUGCAAUGCACACCCAACAAUCAGAUCUAAAGAAAGUCGAGGUAGCAGAUGGUCUGCCACAAAUUUGUUUCUUAUCUGGCUUAACUGGGGAGGAAACACUUAUGUUCAUAGAUGCAUUCCCUGAAGCUGGAUUAGAGUCUGCAGUUUUUGCUGCACUUGUGCCCAAUAGUGCAGGGAAACCAGUUGAGGAGCUUAUAGAAGAGAUCAUGGGAGACCAUGAGAUAUUGAUUUUGGGUCUGCUGUGCCAGUGCCAUACUCGACAGAAAGAAUAGUCAAGCUUGAGAAGUCGACAUGUCAAAAGAGUGACAGUUUUGAUUCUUUACUAGAUUUUGAAGAGCGAAAGACAGGCUGAACAAGAACUCCAAAAACAUGGGUAAUUACUGGUGAAGUAUAAAUGUAUAUGGGGGUUUAAUAUGGCUUAAGCUUUGGAAAUUCACUUGCAUUAUAUUUUCAGUAACUACUUUGUAAAAUUUUAGAAAUAUAAUUUUAUGUCAACCUUCCAUUAAAUGUAUAUGGGGGUUUAAGUGCUUAAAAGAUUGUCAUGUCUUGUACACUAAUUUAUAUAUUUAUGCUUCCAAAUAAUGUCUGAAGACAUUGAACAAGUUUUAAGCAAGCAUAGGGUAAAUGCUAAAGAGGCCUUGUGUCAAC